UAUCCAGUACGAACGUACGCCACGCGCGAUGACAUAACAUCACCGGAGACAAACUUCUUGCAGUGGAACUCACGGUGUGAUGAUGGCCUACUCUACUUCGUGACGCCGCGAGGUUGGAGCUUACCCUAUCCAGGACCGAUGAUACUGGACAGUCACGGGGAGCUAGUCUGGACGCAUCAUUUCGAUAACGGGUUUGGCGGCCAAGCAUACGAUUUCAAGGUUCAGAGAUACCAGGACGAGGAAUACCUUACCUUCUGGCUCGGCGAUGAUCGCGUAAGGGGUCAUGGCGCCGGGUACUACUACAUGCUGAAUUCCUCAUAUGCUGUUGUGCAUCGUGUUGGCGCUGCGAACGGACUUGCUGCUGAUCUACAUGAGUUCCUCAUCACGCCGGACGGGACGGCACUGAUGACAAUGUACGAGGUCGUAGAGCGCGAUGUGACCACGCUUCGCAGCUUCGACUCCAACGAGCCAAAUGAUGUCGAUCCUAAUGGUGUCUGGGAUUGCAUCUUCCAGGAGAUUGCAAUUGAUUCAGGCCGUCUCAUCUUUGAGUGGCGUGCGUCAGACUACCUCGAAAUUAAUGAAACGUACCAUAACAUCGAAUCUGCCGGCACGCUUAGCGAUCCUUUCGAUUGGUUUCACAUCAACAGCAUAGACAAAGACGAAUUGGGCAACUAUCUCAUUUCCGUGCGUUACACGCACAGCAUACUGUACAUUGACGGAGUAACCGGAGACAUCAUCUGGUCGCUUGGCGGCAAAAGCAAUGACUUCAUGGAUGUUAGCGACGGCUUUGCCAUCAAUUUCGCGUGGCAGCACGAUGCACGCUUUCACGAUAUUAACACUUUCCCUAACCUGUACACACCGCCACCAGCCCGAGCAGGCUAUACAACGCAGCUGCUGACCGUUGCCAGCAUCAACGGCACUGACUCGGAUUAUACUGUUCGAGUGAUACAGUCAUAUGAUAAUCCCAAGGCGGUGCGCUCAUCGUCUCAAGGUUCGAUGCAGAUCCUGCCGCAAGCCGGCGACGAUCCCAAAGUGCUUGUCGGCUACGGCCUGAAUGCUGUGUGGACGGAGUUUGAAGCGGACGGCACCGUUCUCUGCGACGUACACUUCGGCGCGGAGACUUCGUGGGAACGUGGCGACGUGCAGAGUUACCGCGUCCACAAGUUUUCGUGGAAGGGAUAUCCGUCAACACAUCCUGUUGCCGAGAUUAGCGAUGACGACGAGGAGAUCUACGUCUCAUGGAACGGGGCCACGGAAGUUGUAGAUUGGAUUCUGCAGUGCUCUGAAUCCGACACCAAUGACGAGCUGGCAUGGGAGGAUGUGGUUCGCGUCCGCAAAGAAGGUUUUGAGACUGUGAUCCCCAUCUCCGUCGACAUUGCACAAUCGCGCUUUCUGCGCAUCAUUGCCAUUGGCCGUGGCGAAAGACGAAUCACUCAUGGAGUGUCAGAGACUAUCGACCACCGCGUCGUUUCUGAC